AAAAUAGCUGGUGUCAUGAGAAUGAGAAGUAUGUAGAACAGGAGGAGGGAAGUCAAGGUUAACACUGGCUAUUUGCUUACAGGGAGCUUUUGGAAAAUGGCCUCUCCAUUCGCUGGGCCCACAGCAGUUGCUGAUGUAAUUAAAGAACUAGAUACUCAGAUAGCUCUGAUUGGUCUUGGUCCUCACAACCCCAAAAAGAAGCAGGACCUUGAUAAACUGUAUGAUUUGAAGACAAAAGCCCAGCAGAUUAUGAACCAGUUUGGCCCAUCUACCUUGAUCAACCUAUCCAGUUUCUCCUCAAUAAAGCCAGAACCAGCCAGCACGCCACCACAAAGCUCCAUGGCAAACAGCACCACCGUGGUAAAAAUGCCAGGGACUCCUAGUGGAGGGGGACGCCUCAGUCCUGAAAGCAACCAGGUUUUAACCAAGAAGAAGUUGCAGGAUCUGGUGAGAGAGGUGGAUCCCAAUGAGCAGUUGGAUGAGGAUGUGGAGGAGAUGCUGUUGCAGAUUGCCGAUGAUUUCAUUGAGAGCGUGGUGACAGCAGCAUGCCAGCUAGCCCGGCAUCGCAAGUCAAACACUCUGGAAGUGAAGGAUGUCCAGCUGCAUCUCGAGCGCCAGUGGAACAUGUGGAUCCCAGGGUUUGGUUCUGAAGAAAUCCGGCCAUACAAAAAAGCCUGCACUACAGAAGCUCACAAACAGAGGAUGGCACUGAUCCGCAAAACAACCAAGAAAUAACCCCUAGGAAUAGCAAGGAGAGAAUGGUGCAUUUUGGGAUAUCUGCCUCUAAGCUGAAGCUUCCAUGAUACCAUCGAUGGGAUAUUUUUUUUAAUGCUUUACAGAGAAGCAUAUAUUUUUUAUUAACAGUGCAGCAAUAUCUAUGACUUUGAGGAGAUCGGCCAAAAACCAUUAUAUGCUCACCUUCCCCAGCCCCCCAACAGAGUGCAUUGUAUCUUGAAACAAAGAUUUUGUGACCUUUAAAGUGGUUUAUUGUAUAAGUGAUUGUCCAAGGAACAGAGCAUUUUGGUCUUGUUUGGGACAGUAUUAGAAGCAUCUGUAGAGGUUUUUCGUUUUCCUCCUUCCCACCUGCCAGUUCCAGUUCUUUGUAAUGUCAAUGUUUAUAUAAAUACUUGCAUUUUGUUUUACAUUAAUAAAGAAAUUAUUAAU